AUGUGAGGCCACGCGAAUGGAGGUGGAGGAGAUGUCUCUUUAACCGCUGCUUUUUAUUGGCUGAAUUCGUGUCCCUGGCCUCCCCUUCCUGGGCGCGUCCUCAUUUACUCUCAGAGAGAGGACCUUGCUUCACUCAGAGAAAGGACAAGGACAUACCCCAGAUUUUCUUCUCGGGGCGAAGGGGAGCAUGGUGGUGGAUGAGGAAUGAUCCCACCCCUGCUCCUCACCCAUCUCGGGGCUGCCCCUUUCCCCAUGCCUUCCAGUCCCCUCUAGACCCUCUGGCCUGUGCUCCUGCCCGGUGUGAGCUCUCCUUGCCAGGAUGUGUGCGUGGUGGGUGAGCCUUACACUCAAGUCAGCCUGGAGAUGACCUCGACCCCUAACCUUAUUUUUACCCUCGCCUCCCAGUGUCCUGGGCUGGCUGGGAAGCAGCCUUUAAUACCUCCCUCCCCACCCGGAAGGAGACAAGAGAGGAGCCCAUGGACAAGGCCUGCUGCCUGAGCCUGAGCUAGGACCACCUCCCCCGGACCGCCCGGACCCCCUCCGCCCCGAUCCUGCUGCUGGCGAGUCUGGGCGUCCGCAAGCACCAGAAGGAGGAAGCUCUCAGCCAGGCAUAACCGAGAACGCCGUCACCAUGACAACCAGUCACCAGCCUCAGGACAGGUACAGAGCCGUCUGGCUCAUCUUCUUCAUGCUGGGGCUGGGGACGCUGCUGCCCUGGAAUUUUUUCAUGACAGCCACUGCGUAUUUCACAAACCGCCUGGACAUGUCGCACAAUGUAUCCUUGGGCCCUGCUGAAUUGAGCAAGGACGUCGAGCUCUUGGCCACCUCCACAGCACCCUUGGCCACCUCCACCACACCCUCGACAGAGCGGAACUAUCUCAGCGCCAUUUUCAACAACGUCAUGACCUUGUGUGCCAUGCUGCCCCUGCUGCUGUUCACCUGCCUCAACUCCUUCCUGCAUCAGAGGAUCCCCCAGUCUGUUCGGAUUCUGGGCAGCCUGGUGGCCAUCCUGCUGGUGUUCCUGAUCACUGCCAUCCUGGUGAAAGUGUCCCUGGACCCUCUGCCCUUCUUUGUCAUCACCAUGAUCAAGAUCAUGCUCAUUAACUCGUUCGGUGCCAUCCUGCAGGGCAGCCUGUUUGGCCUGGCCGGCCUCCUGCCCGCCAGCUACACAGCCCCCAUCAUGAGUGGCCAGGGCCUGGCAGGCUUCUUCGCCUCCGUGGCCAUGAUCUGCGCCAUCGCCAGUGGCUCGGAGCUUUCGGAAAGUGCCUUCGGCUAUUUUAUCACAGCCUGUGCGGUUAUUAUUUUGACCAUCAUCUGUUAUCUGGGCCUGCCGCGGCUGGAAUUUUACCGCUACUACCAGCAACUCAAGCUUGAAGGGCCUGGGGAGCAGGAGACCAAGCUGGACCUCAUUACUAAAGGAGAGGAGUCAAAAGCAGGCCAAGAGGAGCUCAGAGUUUCUGCCUCCAACUCUCAGCCCAGCAACAAAAGCCACUCUGUCCGUGCCAUCCUCAGAAGUAUCUUAGUCCCGGCUCUCUCCGUCUGCUUCGUCUUCACGGUCACCAUUGGGGUGUUUCCUGCCGUGGCUGCCGAGGUCAAGUCCAGCAUUGCGGACACCACCAGCCCCUGGAAUAACUACUUCAUUCCUGUGUCCUGUUUCUUGACUUUCAACAUCUUUGACUGGCUGGGCCGGAGCCUCACAGCCGUCACCAUGUGGCCUGGGAAGGACAGCCUCUGGCUGCCGAUCCUGGUCCUGGCCCGACUGGCCUUCGUGCCUCUGCUGCUGCUGUGUAAUGUCCAGCCCCGCCACUACUUGCCCAUGGUCUUUGACCACGACGCCUUGUACAUCUUCUUCAUGGCUGCCUUCGCCUUCUCCAACGGCUACCUCGCCAGUCUCUGCAUGUGCUUCGGGCCCAAGAAGGUGACGCCGGCCGAGGCAGAGACCGCUGGAGCCAUCAUGGCCUUCUUUCUGUCUCUGGGCUUGGCGCUGGGGGCCGUCUUCUCCUUCCUGUUCCGGGCGAUCGUGUGACCAUGGGUGGCUGGAAGGACGGCCGGCAAGGACAGCACCGGCCACCAGCUCCCACCCGCUUCUUCUUCAGGGACAGGCAGGGGUCAUCUGGAGGUUUCCCUUCCAGCUGACUCCUGCUGCUUUCACACGGCCUGUGCUGGGCCUGGCACCCAGGUCCGGAGGAGUGAACCUCUGGAUGGACGGUGGGGACAUGGUGGGCCUGAGGGCCAGAGUCGAGGGAGGGGACACAGCCUCUGCAUCUGCUUAAGUACCCCCAACACACACACAUGGCUCUGACCCCUGCCUGAGCAGAGUGGCAGAGGCUCUGAGCCUUGCUCUGAGCCUUGGGGGGGGAUGUGUCUGUGUGUCUAUCUGCCUGUACCGGGGUGGCCAGGGGCCAGGACUCGUUGUUCUAAAGUCCGAUCUGAUAUUUCCAUCCGGCUUCUGGCCUCUUCCCCCUUCCUCUCCGUGUUCCUACCCAUCAUGAACCCUGUACAGUUGCCAUUUAUUUUGCUGCCUUUAUAUAUAUACACACACACACACACACACACACACACAUACUCAAAACAGGUGCCUUCAGAGGCUCUCUGAUUAAAUAAACUUUUUUUUUUUUUUACUCUCCAUGGCUUCCGUCCUCCAGGCACAGGCUCCCUGUCCUCCAUGCCCUGGAGAAACUAGAAGGAUGGCAGCCUGAGUCUGGGGGGAUGAGCAUGACCCAGAUGGGCCUUGGCCAGCGCUGGGCCUGGCUCCAAAGUGUGUGUGGGGGUUUGUCCUCUUAGCCCCGGAGGGACUACAGUGCCUCCUACUGGGGCCACUGAGGAGGGGCAGGCCCGGAGCCAGGACACCCAGACCGUUGGCCAUUCUCCUUUGCUGUUUCAUUCCUUUCAUAAGCCUGGGGGUGGAGACAGUGCCCCAUCUUUGUUUUGUCUUCACUGUCACCCCCUCCACUGUGUCCUCACCUCAAAGCCACCGGAGUGAGCACUCUAAAACUGGCCAGUCCCUUCCGCCCCCCCCCCCAAACUCCAGGCUGCCCCACUCCCAUCAGGAAAGUUCUGCUCUGCCUGGCACUCUGCCCUCACCCUGAAGCGCAGACUGCCUGGUGAACAAGGGGCUUAUGUGUCCUCAUUGAAGCUGGGCCCCCUCUUCCAAGACUUGCCUAGGGAGGUGUGGGGUGGUGGGGGCCAUACCACUGGGUCCCUGUCUCAAAAAUGACUCCCUGGAGUUCCUGUUAACAAACCUCAGUGGUUAACAAACCUGACUAGGAUCCAUGAGUAUGCAGGUUUGAUCCCUGGCCUUGCUCAGUGGGUUAAGGAUCCAGCGUUGCUGUGAGCUGUGGGUAGGUCGCAGAUGUGGCUCCCAUCCCAUGUGGCUGUGGUGUAGGCCUGUGGCUACAGCUACGAUUCAACCCCUAACCUGGGAACUUCAUAUGCAGCAGGUGCAGCCCUAAAAAGACAAAAGACCCUCCCCCAAAAAAAAUCCCUGAUAGGAAAUGGGACCAGAGUUCUGGGCCCCUGAACACCCCCCAUCCCCACCACCCCCACUCUGUCCCUUGGCGUUUCCAUCAGGGCUUUAUUUCUCACAAUUUAAUUGAAGGCUUCAGGCUUCAUUAAAGGCUGUUGGCACAUUUUUAAAGGUCUUCAGUGCGCUCUGAGGUCCUGACAGGGGAAUUAACUAUAUCUUCACAUUGGGAACCAGAGUCUGGAGUCCACAUAUAUGUCCCAGGGGUACCUGUCAACCUGGGAUAGGUAAUCUGAGGGCAGAAAACAUGGUGUUCCUUUCUUAUCAGGUUCAAAAGCCAGGGGGCGCCAUCUCUGCUCCCUCCCAGUCCACCUUGAUACCUCCAUCCUACCCAAAGCCAAGAGUCCUAUUGGGCUCUUCCCAUUAUGGCCCCUCAGGGACCCUGUGCUUCUUCCCUGGGUCCCUCCCCUACCUUCUGCCUGACCUUUCAGGAGUCAGGUCUCCAGCCCGGCCCACAGGUUGUCACAGGAUAAUCUGAAAACACGUUUAGUCACAGGCUGGUUUCUCUGGAGCAUGCCAGGCAUUUCCUGAUCCUCCACCAGCAGCGGGCAGUUCACACUGCCCUCCCCCCACUGCACCUCAGAACUUCUGCAACUGGUUUAUGCUCUUACCCCACUUACCAGUCAUGUCUUUCAGGUUCCAAUAAACAUUCCCUUUGUUUUCA